AUGUCUGCAUCCAAGCUUGAAUUUGGCAUCGAAAUGGAAUUAUACCUCAGGCCGAAACACCCAGGUUUAGAGAACAUGAUGAAAUCACAUGGCUGCCUUGCUAAAGGCAACACAAGGGAACAGGACCGUAAGGCGUUUCGAAUGGCCCUUACCGAUAUACUAGAGCCAGACAUCCCAACACAAUGCGAUGUGACCGGUAAUUACCUUAAAUGGACUGUGGCUGAUGAAGAUCUUGAUGAGACUGAGGCAACUCAUGGCUACUUCCCAUGCGAAAUCGUUUCUCGCGUCCUUGAUAGCGAUGGAAAUUGGGACGAAGAGAUUGACAAUAUGUUCAAUGCAUUGUUGCACAACUACGACCUCCUGCUUACGCGUGGUUGCGCUAUGCACGUCCAUGUCUCGCCUCACAAUGGUACGUACACUUUAAGCCAGCUGCAGAGCAUUCUAAAAGCGGCUCUUUACUACGAAAGGGCCCUGGCAGUGAUUAUGCCAGCCGAGCGCAAAGAUACCCCAUGGGCCGAACCCAAUAUGAGGAUGAUACGAAACUGCGAGAAAAAUAUCAACAAGGUUCCGCAGACGACAUGGGCGCCGGUAUUUAAUGAAAUCGACAAUUGCAAAUUCAUACCAACACUGCUUGCACACGUGAAUUGCAGUAAACGACAGGUGUCCUGGAACUUCUCCAAUGUGGUUAACCCUUGCGGGACCGUCGAAUUUCGUCGUCCGCCAGGAGUUAAGUCCGCCGCAGACGCUAAGCACUGGGCUGCACUCACCAUGGGAUUCGUGGCUGAGGCAAUGAGGCAAGAUUGGAAGGCGGUCCGAACGACCAAGACCCACCCUUCGACUGACACCCUUCGUUCUGUCAUUACUAGAGGGGCUCGUUCGCUUGGAAGCCCAGUUCAGGCUGUUCUGAACCCUAUGUUAAUGGCUGAUAUCAACAUGCCAGCCACGGUAUUAUCUGUUGAGGAGCGGCAGAAGAUCAAGCAGAAGAUCGAGAAGAAAGCGAAGAAGCAUAGCGUGUUCGUUGAAAAUGUCAUCAACUCCCGACCUAAUACUCCCGUGGGGCAUAAGUGA